AUGUCUUCACCAGCUUCACAUAGUCACGCCUCAGCGUCACCAGGCGCCUCCCAGUCUGUUUCCGGGAUCCAUGGCGAUAUCCCUCUUGAGACUCUUGUCUCUCAUCUUCUUGCAUCGAAGCGAUCUCUAUCCUCAAUCAGCACUGUCUGGCGUGCCAACGAGAUCGUCACAUCGGCCAGAUCAGCCCUAGAACAAUCCGUCAUCUUGUCUGCUCGCACGAGAUUCUUACGACUAGGGAUCUCGGAACAGGUGAAGAUAUUAAGAAAGGUCCGAGGCGGUAUCGAGAAUGUAUAUAAAGAGGGACAGAGGGAUUUCAAGAGCGUUAUUCGAACACUCGACAAUGCGAACUCAAGGCUAGAAUCUACAAUGGAUGUUUUGCGCUCGACAAUGGUGGAGGCCGCGUUCCGACCUGCCGACGAACAACCACGGUCACUGUUAGAUUUCGUUGAUGAGCAGGGGGUAGAAACCAUGCGAGAUGCUCUCAAGGAAUCAAUUCGAGAGUCUAAAGAAGCACAAACCGAAUUCGACAGCUCGAUCCUGUCCUUUGAUACCGAUCUUCGAGCAUUGAAGACAGCCAUGACAUCCCCACCAGGAGUAUCCUCUUCACAAUCACAAGCCUCCCUCACAUCGACCCUAAUCCCCGAUAAUCUUCAGGCCCUAGAGACACACGCUCAGGAUAUGGCGUCCCUCCUUGACAAUCUGGUCUCGCAUUUUGAUCUCUGCGUCAACGCGAUCCGACACACUGAAGGUGGAUUCGCUGCUGUCCGCAAGGCGGCCUCAUCUUUACCCCCUGGUGUUGAGCCAGUAUCCGUGUCCGGGGUCAUGGAAACAUCUCAAACCCUCAAUGAAGAGGGGCCAUUGAGUGACGAGGAAAGGAGGGAAAUGUUAGGUGUCCUGGAAAACGAUGCCGCGCAAGUUGAGGACGUGGUUGCCGAGCUGAGAGAACAUCUGAGCGAGAUGGAAACAAAGCAUGAGGCGAUUCUUGGUCACGUUUCGGAUCUCACUGCAACUUACAACUCCACGGUAUCUGCCUUCAAUGUGCUGGAACAAAUAUCAGCUCGUCUUCCGGGAUAUUUGAUGGCAUCGUCUAAUUUCCAAAUGCAUUGGGAGGAAACAAAAUUGCAGAUUCAAGAGCAAUUGGAGGAAUUGGAGUCCAUGCGCGUAUUCUAUGAGAACUAUCAUGCCUCGUAUGACGCUUUAAUCAUGGAAGUUUACAGGCGGAAACAGUCAGAGGAGAAGGUCAAAUCCAUUAUGAAGAAAGCGAUAGAGCAGAUCGAGAAAGUGGUCGAGGCGGACAUGCGGGAGCGAGAAGCAUUUCAAGGCGACGUAGGGGAUUUUCUGCCAGGGGAUCUAUGGAGUGGAGUGGCAGUAGGGGCGCCGAGAUGGGAAUUUGUCCCGGUGGGAUCUAGGGAAGGGAAAGAGAGCAUUGAAGCACCAGAGCUAGAGAGGAGUGUCGUUGAAGCGGCAGCGCGAAGAGACAGAGAGCGACAAAGGCUGCAACGAUAA